AUGACAGUAACGGUGACAGUAACGGUGAUGGUGACAGUGACGGUGACAGUAACAAUGACAAUGACAUUGACGGUGACAGUGACAAUGACAGUGGUGGUGACAGUGACGGUGACGGUGACAGUGACGUAUGACGGUGACAGUGACAGUGGUGGUGACAGUGACGGUGACAGUGACAGUGACGGUGACGGUGAUAGUGACAGUGGUUGUGACAGUGAUGGUGACAGUGACGGUGACAGUAACGAUGACAGUGACCGUGAUGGUGACAGUGACAGUGGUUGUGACAGUGACGGUGACAGUGACAGGGAUGGUGACAGUGACAGUGGUUGUGACAGUGACGGUGACAGUGACAGUAACAAUGAUAGUGGCAGUGACUGUGACAGUGACGGUGAUAGUGACAGUGACGGUGACAGUAACGAUGACAAUGACAGUGACGAGUCUUUUCACACGGGACACCAGGAGCUGUUUGUGGGCAUCAACAGUGAUUCUGUGGAUAGCUCAACGUUUCAAAUAUUUCUAAAACCGCGAUCGUAA